AUGUCAACCAACGGAAAUCCAAAUAAGCGUCGUCGCCUUGACGCGGCUACGGCUCUUUCAAGGCCAUUUAAGUCGCCACUACGCAGGCCUGCCCCAGAAGCCUCAUCUGAUUCCACACUAUCUAAGCCAAAGUCAACACACCCAUCACAAAAUGACACCCCGUCUGUGUCUCAAGGAGACAAGACUGAUCAGAAUCAAGACAAAUCAAUAACUUUAUCAAAUUUACCCUCAGUUAACGCAAGUCCUCGGGUUCCCCGAACUCCCGUCUUGAAGCCACCAAGAAAGUCUCUCAUGGCCGACCCUGAGCUUUUGGAUCUACGCAAACAGCAACGUCUGCUCCAGUCACGCAUCGCAACACUGCGUACAGAUCUAGACAAUGUCCGACAAGCACUGCGGAUUGAAUCUGCCGGGAAAGAGGGUGAAUUGGAAGGCCUGAUUGUCAAAUGGCGACUUGUCAGUCAAGAAGCAGCCGAUGAGGCCUUUUCCAAUGCACAAGAACGCGUGAGUCGCAUGGGUGGAAUGUCAGCCUGGAACGAACGCAGUAAACGUGAUGCGGUGCAAUGGGACUUCGAAGAGCCACAACCACGUAAUGAUGAAGCAGACCUAGACAUCGACGUACCAGAGGAUCUUGUCCAGGCCCAGAAGAAAGAAGAAGAAGCAGACCAGGAAUUCACGAUGGAAUACAUGCUCCGAACACUCAAUAUUGAACACAAGUUGAUCGGAUUCGACUCAACUACGGGUAACUGGAUCCGAGAUAUCUACCUCGGGUGGAACCCGCUCUUAUCAAUAUCAACCAGACUCUCCUCUCCGCCCACCCCCGCACUCUCCUUCUCCAACUCCCGCAUGUCGCGUCCCUUGAAGCAAAGAGAAAUCGCCUGCGCCCGCUGUUUCCGCUUGAAGCGGAAAUGCGACCAUGCUAAACCUACCUGUGGCGAAUGUCGUCGUAAAGGUGCUGAAUGUUUGCCAGCUCGGUCUCGUAGGACCGGGGAUAGUAUAACAAUUCCCUUAGCCUAUUUGAAAGAGUUGGAACGGAGAGUGGCUGAGUUAGAGGGCCAUUCUCGAGAAACUGGUACGAAUGUUGAGCUACGAGAUGUUGGUGUUCAGACAGAUCCAAUUGAAGAAGUCGAUUCGUCUUCAAACAAUUUGUCCGUGCUGUGGGAUAGUCGAGAUAAAUCACCGUUUUGGAAACAAGAUUGGGCCCCGGAAUAUGGCGUUCUAGCUCUUCAUGAACGUCCUUCUAGACCUAUUUCACAGAUGUCAUUUACAGAUACCUUCUCAUUGAAUUCGGAAACUCUGAACUUUCUACGCUUUGACAAAAGCCCUGUCUACCCAAUGAUAGGCGAUGACUCCCCGUGGCUGACCGAGCUCUAUACGAAUAUCUAUUUCACAAUAUCACAUCGCGAGUGGCCAUUUCUGAAUGAAUCGACGUGGAGACUGUGGCAAAGUGAGAAUAGUUCAGGCGGACGAGAAGAAUGGCGGGUUUUCUUCCUACGCAUGGUGUAUGCGAUUGGUGCAUCACUUUGCAGCAUAAUGCAUGGAGAUUCUUCUCAUUAUAUUCGCUCAAGAGAGCUUUACGAGUCGGCAAUGAGCUACUAUCCACAUGUGGUAGGACAUCAGUCGAUGGUCUUGCAGGUUCAAGCAUCUCUCCUUCUGAUAGUCUACGCAUUACAUUCUCCAUCUUCAGAAGAGAUUGCCACCAGUGUGUCCUCAAUUGUGCCUUUUUGUACUGCUGCAAUGACCGAGAUAAGAAAAUAUGCACGGACAAGUCGAGAUGGAGAGGUCACUGCCGCAUCGGGUGAAGUCUUGACGGAAAACAUGUUUAUUGCAUGUUACAUGUUGAAUGUUAUAAUUGCGUCUGGGUGGGAUAGACCAGUGUCCGAUGCGUAUCAAGCAGUGGAAGAUGAUAUGCGCACUCUCGGAGACAUUAUUCAGCCACCUGUGAAUACGAACCCUGCACUCGGCCAUCUAUUUCGACUGCGAAAGAUUCAAGCCAAUAUCAGGAGAUCGCUGGAACGAUCCCGUUGGCAAAUAUCAGAAGGAAAAGAUGCCCUUAACUCUUCCCUGAAGUCGGCUCUCGAUGUAUGGAGACAGGAGAUCCCGCAAUAUGGAACAUCGAAUGUGUCAUGCGGCUACUACCACCCCAACUGGAUGACGAAAUUGUACGACUACAGCAUCUUGAUUUUAAUGGAAGACAAGCACAACUUCCUCGACCAUGAAGGAACAGAAGAUAUCUUCGCUGCAGUGGUGGAAGUAUGUCUCAAAUACCGUCGCUUACAAGAAGAAGGACAUGUGUUGUGCUUUACCUGGUCUGCACUCGUUUAUCAAUUCCGAGCAGGAAUCAUGCUCCUUUACCUGAUCUGGGCAACAAGGCCUAUUACAGAUAACGCAGAACUCCAGCAAGAAAAUAGCACUUAUCACUCCCCCGAGGCAAUGGAAGCCUGUACAAAGACCCUGGCCUGUUUCACAGAUCGCUGGUCUGAUGCUCUUCCAUAUUUGAAGGUGUUUGAGUUCCUGCAGCAAAGGACUCUUUGGGAUUCGAGUGGAACUAUUCCUGGUGCUCAGAUUUUGACACUAGAGGAGGCUGAGGCCUAUUUAGCCCAACUGAAAGAAAGACAUCUCCACCGAGCCAUCUUGGGAAUGAUAGAGGAUAUGAUGUAUGGGGCACUCACGCGAUACGAACCGAUACCAGAUGAUUUUACGACCGGAAUACUGUGA